AUGGGUGUGCUGGGCCCCAUCGGCCCCAUCAUCAUCAAGCCCGUCAUCCCUCCGAGCGGCCUGCCGGCGUCGGCGAGCGCGGCCGCCGCCUCCUCCGACCUGCACUACGACGCCACGCUGGAGCACGUUGGCGCCGGGUCGCGGCCAGAGUACGCGUUCGCGUACGGCGUGCAGGACCCCAAGUCCGGCAACGCGCAGAGCCACAAGGAGGAGCGCGACGGUGACAACGUGCGCGGCGAGUACAAGGUGCUGGAGGCCGACGGGUCCGUCAGGACCGUCACCUAUACCGUGGACCCCAAGAACGGAUUCCAGGCGAAUGUGCACCAGUCCGACCCGAGCCUGGCCGACGCCUACAAGGCCGCCGCCUACAAGGCCGACGCCAAGCACGCCAGCCAGAAGGCGGCCAUCCAAGCGCCCGACUCCCCCAUCGUCAUCAUCGGGGCUUCCGAGCCCUCUGGGCUUUCCGAGGCCAUUUCGGAACCAAUUUCGGAGCCCAUUUCAGAAACCAUCUCGGAGACCAUCUCGGAGCCCAUCUCGGACCCCAGCAGCGAGUACUUCUCCGGGUCGAGCUACACGGAUUUUGAACCCUAGCUGCCCGACUCAUACAGGAGAAGAAACUUUAGCUGGUAAUCUGAUUCUAGUCAUUGGAGUGUUCCCUGCUUCGUUUGUUAAUUAAUUCAUAAGUGUUGUCUGUUCGG